AUGAGGCCCCUUAUCCUCUUCACCUUCGUUUCGCUGGCGCUUUCUCUCGCUAUUCCGAUCGACCACUCUGGCCUCCUGGACCCAAGCCCUUUUCUACAGCAGUCUCUCCUUGAAAACGCCCAAGCAAACCCAGAAUCAGGACAGGCUUUGGGCCUCGAAAUCAACCAUGGCGCAUUCAUUCACGCUGAUAAACCUCGCGUACAACCCCCAGAUACUAGCCACACCCAGACUUUGCACUUGAAGGAAUCACUGUACGCUCUACUAGACCGAUACUCGGACGAAUUAUACGCAGCCGGACUGCUCCUUCUCGUCCCGAUUGCAAUUGGGAUCGUUGAGCUUCUUGAAAUAGUCUCGCAAUCUAUGACCGUUGAAGAAUUUCCCGAGCGCGGGAGAGACAAACACCGGCUCGAGUCACUGAGGGAAAGAGAAGAAUGGGUGCUCCGAAGAAAAGAACGAGAAAUGAAAGUCGAACGAUCCAGGUCUUGGUGGAGAUGCUCGAGACGUUGA